AUGCUAUACAUAUACAGUUUCUACGGGUUGAGUGUUCUUUGUGCUGCACUGUAUUUGUACACUCGAUCAAAAGUGACAACCUCAGAAGAUGCGCAAUUUUUGGGUUUCCAACGAACGUAUCUCAUUGUUUAUCUACUCGCUGUUGCCGGUGACUGGCUGCAAGGACCACAUGUUUAUGCGUUAUACGAGUCGUAUGGAAUGUCAAAACAUGACAUUGAAUUGCUUUUCGUCGCUGGUUUCGGCUCGAGUCUCGUCUUUGGAACUUUCAUAGCAUCUAUUGCGGAUAAAUAUGGACGUAAAUCGAAUUGUUUCCUAUACGCAGUACUGUAUUCAGCAGCAUGCGUCACGAAACAUUUUGCGAAUUUUUGGAUUUUAAUGAUCGGACGUUUAUUGGGCGGUAUUGCUACGUCUAUUUUGUACAGCGCUUUUGAAUCAUGGCUUGUUUUUGAGCACAAUAAGCGUGGUUUCAACGAUCAGUUACUGUCGACAAUAUUUUCACAUGCGACACUCGGUAAUUCAUUGGUUGCGAUUAUAUCGGGCGUUGUGGCGCAAUACGCUGCGGAUUUUUUCGGAUUUGUUGCUCCGUUCGAUGCCUCUAUGGCCGUGUUAACAAUAAUGGCAGGUAUACUCAUCUUUACAUGGCCUGAAAAUUAUGGUGAUCAAAAAGCAGAAGUUCAUCAACAUUUUAUUGAUGCUGUUCAUAUGAUGAAAAACGUGAUCUGUUUGGGUCUCAUUCAAAGUCUCUUCGAAGGCGCGAUGUAUGUAUUCGUUUUGGAAUGGACUCCAGCACUAACACUGGCCAGUUUAGGUGAUCGUAUACCACACGGUUAUAUAUUCGCAUCGUUUAUGGUGGCCAUUAUGAUGGGUUCAUCCAUCUUCAAAGUGCUCAGCAAAUAUCACAGACCUGAAUCUUUUAUGAGGUUACCUCGUUCAGUCUUCUUUGCUCUCUCUGCGCAUAAAUUUGACGUUGAUAAUCUGUGA